GAACAGCCCACACCUCUCCCUCCACUGUAAAAUGACCUCCCUUUUCUCUCGCUGCUCUCAUUAGCCCUUUGCUCUCCCUCUCCUCUCCCCAUAGUUCUAGAGGCAGAGAUAUUCAUAUUCUUCCACACACCGUUCUCUCCUUCCUCAACACUCUACUUUCUCUCUUACUAUAUAUAUAUAUAUAUAUAUAUAUAAAUUCAUUCAUUCACACACACAGCUAAUAGACACCGUUCUUUCAUUCUAGUCAAGCGAGGAACUUUCUUCCUCUGUUUGAUUUUUUUCAAAAGAAAACACACCAUUAACACACAAAAGAAAAGAUGGCGUGCUCUUAUCUUGGUCCUUGUUUUCUCUUAAUUUGCUCUCUUCUUGCGCUUUUUGUUUCUGGGUCUCAAAUUCAAAGAACUUCAUUGCCUAUUAUAUCCUUUGAUGAAGGAUACACCCAACUUUUUGGGGAUGAUAAUCUGGUCAUGUACAGAGAUGGAAAGAGAGUCCAUUUAUCUCUAGAUGAGAGGACAGGGUCGGGAUUUGUUUCUCAGGACUUAUACCUACAUGGAUACUUCAGUGCUUCUAUCAAGUUGCCAGCAGAUUAUACUGCUGGAGUUGUGGUUGCUUUUUAUAUGUCAAAUGGUGACAUAUUCGAGAAGAACCAUGAUGAAAUUGACUUCGAGUUCUUGGGUAACAUAAGAGGCAAAGAUUGGAGGAUCCAGACAAACAUUUAUGGCAAUGGCAGCACUAGUGCCGGCAGAGAAGAGAGAUACAGCCUCUGGUUCGAUCCCUCUGAUGAUUUCCAUCAGUAUAGCAUUCUCUGGACCAAUUCUCAGAUCAUAUUUUACGUGGACAACAUUCCAAUUAGAGAGGUUAAAAGAACAGAAUCUAUGGGAGCAGAUUUCCCUUCCAAGCCAAUGUCUUUGUAUGCAACGAUAUGGGAUGGGUCUGAUUGGGCUACUAAUGGAGGCAAAUAUAGAGUGAAUUACAAAUACGCCCCUUAUGUCGCUGAAUUUUCUGACCUUGUUCUGCACGGGUGUGCUGUCGAUCCUGUUGAGCAGUUUCCAAGAUGCGAUAAUACAGAGAGUUCUCAGGCGAUCCCCACCGGUGUCACACCAGUGCAAAGAAUUAAGAUGGAGAGCUUUAGGGCCAAGUUUAUGACAUAUUCUUAUUGCUAUGAUCGGGUUCGGUACAGGGCUCCCCCAUCAGAGUGUGUGAUCAAUACCAAAGAAGCAGACCGACUCAAAUCUUACGAUCCUGUUACUUUUGGCGGAGGCCGGCGCCACCACGGGAAACGACACCACCAUAGUCGGUCAAGUCAUGCUGAAGUCAUUUCCAUUUAAGAAAUAUGCAAUGGUGGCAUUGUCGUGUGAUGGAUGGGGGUUAAUGUUGUCAUCUUAUUCUUAGUGCAUUUAUGCUAUUAUGAUUUAGCUGGGGUCAUUUGUUUUUGUUGUGAAUAGAGAAAAAAGAGCAUAGAUUCUUAUAUGGUCGAUGGUGGGUGGUUGGGCGAGGAUGUGUAUAGUUCUUCAUACCUUUAGUUUUCCAGUUGUUCAUCUCAUCAUUGAUGUUGUCUCUUGGCUUUACAAAUUGAACUUGGUAAUGAUUUUUUCUGUACUCUUGACACGCUCUAACGGGUUAAAUAAAUUCUUAGUAUAUGGAGUC